CCACGCCGAGCGGCGUGAUUCGUCACUUUUGCUCGCUUCUUUCUCGCUAUGGCGGCUCGCGACGACGCGUCCGCUUGCAGCUCCGACUCCUUCCAGCUCCGGCAUCUGCACCUGGCUCUGCGAGUGAACUUCGGGCCGGCGGGUUCCGGGCACUUGCAAGGCUCAGCCCGCCUGGAGCUAACCUGCCUGCGGGAUCAUGCAAGCGAAGUCGUUCUGGACUCGCACCCCAGCGUGGAGGUGGAAAGCGCCGGUCUGGCGCCGCCGGGGAGCCUUUGCGGCGAAGGAGAGGGCCUGGAGUCUGGGGCGUUGCGGCCGCUCGCCUUCCACAGUCGGCCGUUCGCCAGCUACGGCUCCGCGCUGCACAUCACCCUUCCUGAGCCUCUGACGUGCGGAGAUACAGUGGUGGUGGAGAUCGCCUACCGAGCUGGAGCGGGCCCCGGGGUGUGUUGGCUUACUCCCGAGCAGACAGCUGGGAAGCAGAAGCCCUAUAUGUACACGCAAGGCCAGGCUGUUCUGAAUCGAUCCUUUUUUCCUUGCUUUGACACCCCAGCCAUUAAAAGUACAUACUCAGCCAUUGUAAAGGUCCCUGAGGGUUUCACAGCUGUGAUGAGUGCAAUUACCCAGGAGAAGAAGGACAACACGUUCUUCUUCAAGAUGCCUCACCCCAUCCCAUCCUAUCUUGUUGCCCUGGUUGUUGGGGACAUAGUUUCUGCAGAAGUAGGACCCAGGAGCCAUGUAUGGGCUGAGCCCUGCCUGAUUGAGGCUGCUAAGAAAGAGUAUGAUGGUGUGAUUGAAGAGUUUCUUACUACAGGAGAGAAUCUUUUUGGACCAUAUGUAUGGGAAAGGUAUGAUGUUCUGUUCAUGCCACCCUCGUUCCCUUUUGGGGGGAUGGAGAACCCUUGCAUCACCUUUGUGACUCCAUGCCUGUUGGCUGGCGAUCGCUCCCUGGCAGAUGUGAUCAUCCAUGAGAUCUCACAUAGCUGGUUUGGAAAUCUGGUCACCAAUGCCCAUUGGGGGGAGUUCUGGCUGAAUGAAGGUUUCACCAUGUAUGCACAGAGGAGGAUCACCACAGUAAUCUAUGGUGCUGCUUACACUUGCUUGGAAGCUGCUACAGGGAGGGCUUUGCUUCGUCAACACAUGGACAGCACUGGGGAAGAUCAUCCUCUUAACAAACUCAGGGUGAAAAUAGAGCCAGGUGUUGAUCCUGAGGACACUUAUAAUGAAACUCCUUAUGAAAAGGGCUACUGUUUUGUCUCCUACCUUGCUCACCUAGUGGGGGACCAGAAGAAGUUUGAUGCUUUCCUUCAGGCUUAUGUCAAUGAGUUCAAGUUUCAGAGCAUCACAGCCGAUGAUGCUCUGGAGUUCUACUUCAAGUAUUUCCCAGAACUGAAGAAGCAAGGGGUGGAUUCCAUUCCAGGUUUUGAGUUUGAUCGGUGGCUGAACACACCUGGUUGGCCCCCAUACCUUCCUGACCUUUCACCUGGGGAAGAGCUGAUGAAGCCAGCUGAGAACCUGGCAGAACUCUGGGCAUCUCCUGACCACAACAUGGAGGCAAUUAGAGCAGUAGAUAUCUCUGCUUGGAAAACCUUUCAGCUGGUCUAUUACCUGGAUAAAAUCUUGCAAAAAUCCCCUUUGCCAGAUGGGAAAACUGAAAAGAUAAGUGCCUUGUACCCCAAGAUCUCCAAAGCACAGAAUGCAGAGCUGUGUCUUCGUUGGUGCCAGAUUCUUCUCAAGAACAAUCACGAGGCAGAGUUUGGCAAAGUGAAAGACUUCCUUCGCAGCCAGGGAAAGCAGAAGUACACCCUUCCCAUCUACAGGGCCAUGAUGAGCGGCUCAGAGACUGCCCAGGCACUGGCCAUGGAGACCUUCUCUGACACGGCUUCUCAGCUCCAUGUUAACGUCCAGAACUAUGUCAAAAAGAUCUUAGGAGUGAAGACUGAAGGAAAAUGAGGAACAUCACAAUGCCCAAGCAGUCCAUUGCUUGAGCUCCAGCAAAUGUCUGUGUGCAAUGUGGGUGUGGGUGUGGGUGGGUGGUGCUUAAACCUUGUUCCGUAGUUCAUGGGUUAGGGGGCAGGUCCCACUGUCUUUGAAGUCCCAAAGGACUUUGUUUAAAUGCUGGUAAUUUCUGGAGCUUCCCAGACCGUGAAGCUUCCUCAUGGAUAGCCUGCUGGGUUAAACUUUUUUCUCUCUUUUUUUAAAGGUUUGUAAAAGUAAAUAUGAAAUUAUAUACACAAAAUUUCUAUCUCCAAGUUUCCAAAAUGUGACAAAGUAUAAUUAAAAUAAAUGAAUUUUUUUUUGUUUCAGUAA